ACGCGUUAUCCGCCCGCCGCCACUUCGCAAACUUGAAAAUAAACCAGACGACUUGACUGUCUUCAACUAACCAGGUCAGAUACGAAGUAUAGCUGCAAGAGGAGACUGGUAAAAGAUGGCUGCACAAGCAAUAAGUCAAGGGUCCCUCAGGGCCAUCUUUGAAGGAACGCCAUCAGCAAAUCCAAUUCUACAAUGCGUACAAAUCAAGGCUAUGGAGAACAAGUCUGGAGAAGGCGAAAGAUAUCGCAUCGUUCUCUCUGACAUCUCCAACUUUAUUCAAACAAUGAUGGCAACCCAGUCAAAUCACAUCGUGACAGACGGUGGACUCAAGAAGGGCUCCAUCGUCCGGCUGACAGGCUAUAACCCACAGAUUGUAAAGGGCAAGAAAAUUCUCAUCAUUCUUGACCUCGAAGUUCUUGAAGAGUAUGGUGAAGUCGACAAGAUUGGCGAGCCUGUAGCUCUUGAUCCCAAGCCUGGCGAGCAAGUUGAAGCCAAAGCACAACCCAGCGCGAUAUCUGGUACAAACUUUUACGGUAACAAGCCAGCCCAACCACCCGUACAGCAACAGCAGCAACCACAGCGAUCUUUACCUUCUCAUCCGUCUGGGCCUGCGGCAGGCGGGAACACGAACUUAUACCCUAUCGAGGCACUGUCGCCGUAUGCACACAAGUGGACAAUCAAAGCUCGAUGCACACACAAGUCAGAUAUCAAGCAUUGGCACAAAAAGACUGGUGAAGGGAAGCUCUUCAGCGUCAACCUCCUAGAUGACAGUGGCGAGAUCAAGGCUACUGGUUUCAAUGAGCAAUGCGACGCUCUCUAUGAUGUCUUUCAAGAAGGUGGCGUCUACUUCAUUUCCAGCCCUUGCAGGGUGAACCUGGCAAAGAAGCAAUUCUCGAACCUCAACAACGACUAUGAGCUAAGCUUCGAGAGAGACACUGCUGUAGAGAAGGCUCAAGAGCAAAGUGAUGUGCCACAAGUCAGAUUCAAUUUUACCAGCAUUGGAGAUCUUGAGUCGGUCGAAAAGGAAACCACAAUCGAUACUAUCGGAGUCUUAAAGGAUGUUGGCGAGGUCAGCGAGAUUGUGUCCAAGACUACGAACAAGCCUUACAACAAACGCGAGAUUACACUGGUGGAUAAUUCCCUGCGAUCGGUUCGUAUGACGUUAUGGAAUCAGAGCGCCAUCCAGUUCGAGGUGCCGCUUGAGUCGGUGAUUGCCUUCAAAGGUGUCAAGGUCUCUGAUUUCGGUGGUCGAAGCUUGAGUCUGCUAGCCUCUGGAACCAUGAAGGUGGACCCUGAUAUUGAUGAAGCACACAAGCUUAAGGGGUGGUACGAUGCCCAAGGUCGUCAAGACAACUUCCAAUCGCACGCUUCUACGAUGGGCGCAGGUUCCGGAGGUAACCGUAACGAGUACAAGACAAUCGCUCAAGUCGCUGAAGAGGGCAUCGGCAUGAACUCGGAGAAAGCUGAGUACUUCAAUCUCAAGGCAACCGUUCUCUAUGUCCGGAGUGAGAAUUUCGCAUAUCCGGCAUGCUCAUCAGGGGACUGUAACAAGAAGGUUGUUGAAGUCGAAGAGAACGAGUGGCGAUGUGAGAAGUGCGACAAGUCAUUCCCCAAGCCCAACUAUCGUUACGUCCUGAGCUUCAAUGUCAGCGAUCAUACCGGUCAGAUGUGGCUGAGCGGUUUCGAUGAUGCUGGGCGAUUGAUCAUGGGCAUGGAUGCGAACGAACUUAUGGAAAUCAAGAAUGAAGACGAAUCGAAAGUAGCCGAAUUGUUACAGGAUGCCACGUGCAAGACAUACAAUUUCAGUGUCCGAGCUAGGAUGGACACAUAUAAUGAUCAGCAACGAGUGAGGCAUCAGGUCCAAACCGCCAGCUCGCUCGACUUCCCCCGUGAGUGUAGUAGGCUCGCAGACAUUCUGAAGCAGUACAACCUGAAUUCAGACAGCCUUUUUGUCAAUUAGGAUGUACAGAACUGACGGGACAAAUUCACGGCUAUCAUGGCAUAUUAGCGUUAUUUGCGACGUGUUUGAGAGUAACAGGACGACCUGUAGCGAAAUACUUCAUCAGCAGACAGGAGUUGCUAAGCAGGCAAUAUUCCUGGUACGUACAACAAACUCCCUACAUACAGAGGCACUACAGUGACUCUUCCUGAUUGCAAGCGGAAAUGGCAUUCCUUAUUUAGAAUGAUGACCAAGAUCCGGCUUGCACUGCAUAUGCUCCUGUCCAAUGUCGUUCCGUGACAUAUUCCUGAGGGCGUCUCGGAUGAUCGGGCUCACUAAUAACAAUAGCUCCUGUUUCGGAGGUCUAUCCCAGAUGAAAUUGAACCUAUCCAAUUGUCCAACUGCCCCGCAUGCCCC